CAGAGAGAAAGGCUAAAGUUCUCAGGAGGAUGUGGCUGCAGAACCUGCUGCUCUUGGGCACUGUGGCCGGCAGCAUCUCUGCACCUACCCAUUUGCCCAGCCCCGACACACAGCCCUUGAAGCAUGUGAAUGCCAUCCAGGAGGCCCAGCGUCUCCUGAAUCUGAGUAGAGACACUGCUCCUGAGACAAAUGAAACAGAAGUGGUCUCAGAAAUGUUUGACCGCCAGGAGCCGACCUGCCUACAGACCCGCGUGGAGCUGUACAAGGAAAGCCUGCGGGGCAGCCUCACCAAGCUCAAGGGCCUCUUGACCAUGAUAGCCAGCCACUACAAGCAGCACUGCCCCCCAACCCUGGAAACUUCCUGUGCAACCAAGAUUAUCACCUAUGAAAGUUUCAAAGAGAACCUGAAGGACUUUUUGCUUGCCAUCCCUGUUGACUGCUGGGACCCAGUCCAGGAGUGAGGCAGGCCGGAUGAGGCUGGCCAGCCUGGGGAGCUGCUCUCUCAUGAAACAAGAACUAGAAACUCAGAAUGGUCAUCUUGGAGGGACCAAGGGACCAGCCAUGGUGGGGGUGGCCUGGUACUGCCCUGGGCCACACUGACCCUGAUACAGGAAUGGCAGAGGAACGGGACUAUUUUAUACUAGCAGAAAUCAGUAAUAUUUAUUUAUAUAUUUAUAUUUUUAAAAUAUUUAUUUAUUUAAGUUUUUACUCCAUAUUUAUUCAAGAUGUUUUACUGUAAUAAUAAUUAUUAAAAAUAUACUUCUAUUUG